AUGUUAAUUUCUCUUGCCAAUGCUUGCCUGAUGCAUCUUGAAGGUUUAUUGAAUUCUGCUUUGAAAAUGGGAGUUGAAAAAGAAGGGACAAAAACUGGAGGAGGAUAUGUUGGUGGUUUUUUCCAGUUGUUUGACUGGACCUCCAAAUCCCGUAAGAAAUUGUUUGCAACCAAGUCAGAUUUACAAGAGCCUUUGAAACGGGGAAGAAAAGUCGAUUACAAUGUGGCAAUGACACAACCCUAUCUGGCGAAUGAAGAUGAAAAUGGAGUAGGGGCAAGUGUUAGAGGAAGUUGUGAUCAUAGUUAUGCUUCAUCUGUUACAGAUGAUGAAGCAUGUGGAACAAGGGCCCCUGGUGUAGUUGCCAGGCUUAUGGGAUUAGAUUCCUUGCCCCCUUCCAGUUUUUCUGAUCCGUAUUCUACCCCAUAUUUUGAUACCCGAUCCCUUCAAGAUGCUCAGUACUUCAGGAAAAACCUCAGUCAUCAGCAUGACCAUCAGACCCUAUAUUCUGGAAAGCUGGUUGAAAAGGUUGAGGACCCUUCUAGGAACUUCAUGGAGCCAAAACCUCAAAAGACCAUUACUAGGCCAAUUGAAAAGUUCCAAACAGAAGUAUUGCCUCCAAAAUCUGCUAAAUCAAUUCCGGUUACACACCAUAAACUUUUGUCCCCUAUUAAGAAUCCUGGCUUUGUUCCAACCAAUAAUGCUGCUUAUAUAAUGGAGGCUGCUGCAAGAAUCAUUGAACCAGGACCCCAAGCUGGUACAAAGUCUAAAACACCUCUGAUAGCAUCAUCCGCAGUAUCAUUGAGGGUUAGAGAUCUUAAAGAUAAGGUUGAGGCUUCACAGAAGGGACCUCUAAUUGGGUCAUCUUCCAUGACCCCUAGAGCUCGAGAUCUAAAAGAAAAAAGAGAAAUUUCUCAUAGAACAAACAGGCUUUCAGAACCUUCUCAAAGUUCAGUCGAGUUGAAUGCUACCAAGUAUUUAAAGGGACAAUCUUUGAACAGAAGCUGGAAUGGAUCUGUAGAUACAUCUGUCAAAUCUCCUACACAUGCAGAAGAAGAUACUUCUUUGAAGAAUAAGGGGAAGUCUAUUUCGCUUGCAAUCCAAGCAAAAGUGAAUGUUCAAAGAAGGGAAGGUUUGAGUUUGACUGGUGGCAGAAGUUUGGGGGGCCAGAAAGAGCAUCUUGAUAUUAAACCCAACCAGCCAUCGAAGCCAAAUGUUCAGAAAAAUUUUCAUAAGAAAUCUUCUAGUGUUCUAAGACAGAACAAUCUGAAGCAGAAUUAUUCAGUUGAAAAAGAGAAAUUACCAUCAAAACCAUUGGUUUCCAAUUCACAGAGUAGAAAAGCUCUGACUGGGGAUUCCUCUUGUGGACGUCAUAGAAGCUCUAGUAGCAAAUCCAUUGCAAAAACUAAAGUUGGAUCCAAAAAGUCAGCCAUGGAGGUAACAGAUGGUGAAAAGGAAGUUUUAUAUACCAGCACAAACAACUAUCCUAGGAAGAAAAGGUCUACAGACAAAGAUUGGAAUGAUAGGGUAGUGGAUAAUUUGUUCAUUGACAGAACUCAAAAGCCUGUUAAGUCUAAUCUAGUAAGUAAUAAACAAUAUAGUUGGGCUGAAGAAGUUAAAACAAAAGACAUGGAUGUAGUUUCCUUCACAUUUACCACACCAUUAACAAGGAGCAACCCUGGUUUUGAUACAUCUAGACAAGCUGACCAGAAUUCUAAUGGUUUUUCCUUGGAUCAACGCAUCAAAAGAGUAUUGCUUGACACAGACAAUACAAGGUCUCCAAUAGGAUACAACGUGAUUGGUGGUGAUGCCUUAGGUAUCCUUUUGGAACAGAAGUUGAGAGAAUUAACACGUGGAAUUGAAACCUCUUCUGAUGACAUUUCUAAAGUGAGGCAGCCUUCCAUUACUCUACCAAUGUCAAAUGAUCAAGUGACCAACCUUAAUUUAGGUAACCUCAACCCGAAUUUGCAACCGAAGAAAGAUGGGGACAUGUUAUUUACAGGCAAGUUAAGCAGUAGCCAUGAUUCUGACUUCUCCACUGGUCUUCCUGAAUUACCAUUGAAACAUAACUCAUGGGUUGAUGAGAUGGAACCACAGUUAUUCAAUUGCCGACACCCAAGUCCAAUCUCUGUUCUUGAUCCUUCUGUUUCAAUUGAAAGCUGUGAUUCUUCAAUGAGCACAGAUGUUACUAGUACAGAAGGAAGCAAGUUGUGUUCAUCUGUUCAAACUCAGGAAGUUCAUGGCUUGAAUUUUUCGAGGAAGUUCUAUCCUACAGAAUCUGAUGCAGAGUUAUCUGAUUCAGCUUCUUCAACAUCAGAUGGGACCAUGGUGAAGAAGCACACAAGUACAUUUUCUGUCAUGAAGUUUGGAAGAUCAAGUACAUGGGAGUUAGACUAUGUGAAAGAUAUAUUGUGCAAUGUUGAGUUGAUGUAUAUGAACUUUUCCCUUGGACGAGCUAGUGAGAUUGUAAACUCCCAUCUCUUCAACCAGUUGGAAAGCCGAAAUGGAGGGUUGAAGUGUGAUGCUGAGUUUAGGAUAAGAAGGAGAAUUACAUUUGAUUGUGUGAGUGAAUGUUUGGACUUAAGAUGUAGGCGUUAUGUAGGGGGAGGAUACAAAAUGUGGACCAAAGGGGUUGUAAUGGUGAAAAGAAAUGAAUGGUUGGCAGAAGAUGUGUACAAGGAGAUUUUAGGUUGGAGAGGGAUGGGGGAUUCAAUGGUAGAUGAGCUUGUGGACAAGGACAUGAGCAGCCAAUAUGGAAAAUGGCUAGAUUUUGAGGUUGAUGCUUUUGAACUUGGAGCAGAGGUUGUGGACCAAAUAUUUGAUUCUUUGGUUGAUGAUGUUGUCACUGAAAUCUUGCAAUUGUAA